AAGAGAGAGGAAGGGAAUGAGAGAGAGGGAGACAGAGAAGGAGAGAAGGCGAGAGAAUGGGAGAGAGAGGGCGAGAGAGCGGACACAAAAAUAGAGGAAACACGAAAUGCGGAAAACAAUUAGUGUCAAACAGGUUUCGCAUGUUAGGAAACGAGAGAUUGUGUCCAUGUUCCUGACGCCCCCCGGCCAUAACACGACGCUUGCCCAACGCUGUAGCCUUAAAAACUGAGACAAAGCGACAUUUCGAGAGUAUAUAAAGAGUGUGUCCAGGGUAUUGGGCAUUCACUUCACCUUCAAGCACCGAGAACCAGCGACAUGCAAGCUAAGCUGCUGACCCUCCUGGCCGUGGCCGCCGCCGCCUCCGCCGCCAGGCCGAACUACAGCUUCGGGUACGCCGUGAGUGACGCCCGCAACGACUUCGGGCACCAGGAGGCGCGCCAGCUGGAGAACACCGAGGGCGGCUACCACGUGGCGCUGCCCGACGGCCGCCUGCAGCAGGUCCAGUACCGCGUCGACGGCGACAGCGGCUACCUGGUGGAGGUCACCUACGACGGCGAGGCGCGCUUCCCGGACUCCGACGAGUCCUUCGAGUCCCUGGAGUCCCGCGAGUUCCACGCCCCCCGCCAUUCGCAGGACUCCGACGAGUUCCGCGAGAGGAAGGUUUUCAGAGUUCCCGAGACUCGCACCUUCCACAGCGGCAGCCAUGGCAGCGGCGGCAGAAGUUUCUUCAGCAGCCCCAGACACCGCGUGUCCUCCAGCACCAGUUUCUUCAGGCCCGGCCACAGCAGCAGCCGUAGCCACGGCAGCAGCCACCGUGGCAGCAGCGGCCGCAGUUUUUUCAGCUCCCCCGGGUCUGGCGUGUCCUCCGGCAGCGGCAAUUACUUCUUCCUCGGCUCUGCAGACUCCGUCGAGUCCGGCGAGGGGCGAGUCUACGGCGUCCCGAGGAGCCGCCCCUUCCCCAGGCCCAGCCGCGUCUUCGGCCUCUCCUCCGACGAGUCCCUCGAGUACUCCUUCGGCUCAGACGAGUCCCGCGAGCACCGCUUCACCUCACGUGGGAUCCCCGACCAUUUCAGGCUGCCCACCAACCCGUUCAUCCGCACCGGCGCCCGCUACGGCCGCCACUACUAACGAUGGCCUUGAGGCCCGCCCGUCCCCCUCACCCGUCCCUGGCAAUGACCCCGGCGCUGCUUGACCACGCCUGCAUGUUAUUUAUUCGUGUGCACUAUUUAAUUGUCUGUAGAGUUUUGUAGAGGCACGAAAACGUAAUAUUACUUUGGCUACUGCUGUUAACACUGAGGAACCUCGCUAUUCCGGCCCAUGGCGAUGAUCCCGUGACCCGCCCCGGACUGUACUAUGUUAUUUAUUCGUGUCGGCAAGUAAAGCGUCUGUAGAGUCCUGUAAUGAAAGGAGAGCCUGACAGCACCUUGUUUCUGUACACCUGACACUGGAGAGCCAAGACAGUGCUGCCGGAACAUUCGGACCAGGCACGCAGGGACACACACACCCGUGGCACCUCCGGGGAUACAUAGAAAGGAGUAAAAAUGGCAGAAAAAAUGAAAAAAAUAUAAAAAGUGGGAAGAAAAGUGGUAAAAAAUAUAAAAAAGUAGAAAAUAAGUCAUAUAUAAAGAAAAGCAGAAAACAAAGCACAAAGAGCAGACAGUAAAGAGCAAAAGAGAGCAAAAUAACACCAGGAUAUAAUAUAAAAAAAUCUGAUUGCUUGCAUUGGGCAGGACACCCGAUUUAUUACAAUAGAAUAUACUUUGAUACAUAAAUACGUCAAUAAAUAGUACAAGGAUAAGGUUCAAAUAUAAAAUUCAAAUAUCAGGUUCAAGUAUAAGGUUCAAGGCUCAGGAAGGUAGAGAGUUUAACCUUAAGGAAAUGCAAUUGAGGAGUAUUAGGUGAUGAUAAGAUAGAUAAUACUACAUAAAUAUUUACGUAGACAUUUGAGCAUUGAGAACAGGCAUUUUGGGUCAGUAAAAAAUAGUAAAAUAAAUUAUCUUUGUGUAGGAAAAUGUUAAGUUUUGUAAAGAAUAAAUUUGAACGGAACUUUUUCCAUUCAAACCAACUUAAUAAACGUAACAAAAUCCUGCAUUCCACUCCUACGAAGCAUCCUUAACGCCUCUCGUAGGACUCGUAGGACUCCUCGAAGGACUCCUCGAACCCAGAUACAGAGAAAAUGUUAAGUUUAGCAAAGAAUUAAAUUUGAACAGAACACUUUCCAUUCAAACCAAAUACCAA